AACGUAUAAAGUACCUCUCCUUCGGUGUGGGUCUGUGUAUGGAUUCCGUACCUAGUACGGAGUACCGACUACGGAGUACUCCGGCGCCUUGAAAGUCCCACAGAAACCCACAUCUCAACUCUCCGCUCCCGGUCAACACGCAGCAGCUUGUAUGGUUGUUCUAAGCUCCUUCCGAGCGCCUAAUGACAAAAUACCGGUACAAGACGUUGAACCGCGACGCAAUUUGAAAAUCGAACUAUCAAACAACUCAUCCUCCCAUUUUCUCACGGUCUCUCACUCCUAUCCUGGUUUCUCAGCAAUUGCUAGCCCAAACUCGGCAUCUUGCGGUCAAAACGGAAGUUAAGGCCGGCUCACACUGAGCAAUUGAAGAUGACCACAACCACGCUCCCUUCAGGAUCAUCCGUUGAAUUCAACAAGGAGUCCGAGUCAACACUGGCGCACGUGAGGGCCGUGUGGGACAGGGUACGGCCCAACUCGCCCAUCUACAACCUCCUGCUUGGGGCCGUGAAUAUCGUGUCGGCGUCGUCAACCGGGGGGCGGAUUGUGGCCUGGCUCGAGGUGCAGCCGAUCCACCUCAACAGCAAGCGCAUCCUGCACGGCGCCGUGUCGGCCACGCUGUGCGACUGGGCGGGGGGCAUGGCCAUCGCCGCCGCCACGGGCCUCCCCCAGACGGGCGUCAGCACCGACAUGCACCUCUCGUACGCCUCGACCGCGCGAGAGGGGGACACCCUCGAGAUCGAGGCCUGGGUCACCAGGGCUGGCAGGAACUUGGGCUUUACGCGCUGUGAGAUCCGCAGGGGGGUCACGGCUGAGGAUGGGACUAAGGGUGUUGUUGUGGCCGAGGGGAGUCAUACUAAGUAUUUAGGGUUUGGAAAGGCGAAGACGGACUUGGAGGGGGAAAGGGAAGGGAAAAACCAGGAGAAAGUGGGGGAGGGAGAGGAAGGGGCAGCGAGCUAGGAAUCAAAGCAUCACAUGAUGACUCUCCAUGUCGACAUCUGAUGGUCUGGUUGCUAGGCAGAUUCUUAAGAUCCUGACUUGCAAGGAGCCGGCUCGUGACGACAAUGAUACAGGCUUUCAAUUCCUGGCUCAAUAUUCCCUCCAGCCCUUGUAUUAUUCAUCCCAUUAUAUUUUUACUCCUCCACAUUUGUGUUGUUGCCCAAGCGUAUAGGUAGCAUUCGAAGUAUGGCGAAGACCAGCGUUGACAUUGGACUGCUGUCCUAUGCCGCCGUAUUAUGGUAUCAGGGGCAGAUACGAGCGCUUGGGAAGAUCUGUAAUGUCGCAGGACGUCAUUUUCACCGCUUAAGUCGCUAGGCUGCUAGCUUGAUCGUCA